GUUCAUUUCAAGUUCUCUAUUUGCAUCGUCUUGAUAGUUAUAACAUUCUUGAAAUAAUGAGUUCAAAUACCAAGGACCUUGCCUCCUUCUGGCAACUAGUGGAAGUGAGUGGGUCAGAACAGGCCACAUGGGUUCAAAUACCUGCAAUGGAUAUCCAUCGGGACCAAGGCCAGGAGGAAAUCUCUAUGCCUAGUGGCUUGCAAUUGACUAGCUUUAUAAAUGUAAAUUCAUUUGAGGACGAGCCCAGUUUAGUUGAUUAUCCAACCAUUACCGUCAAUGACGUUGGGAAUGCUACAUUGGAUUUGGAAAGAGGGGAACAACUCCAUUCGAGCUAUGGGUCAACCGGUAAGUGAAUGCAUUUAAAGGUAAAACAAUCAUGGCAAUCAUGAUUUGGCGUGUAAUAAUCUCAAACCAAAUCUUUAGGUGAACAUCCAAACGGAGACCAUUUAAGUUCCUCAUUGAAUUUAGCUAUCCAGGAUCCAACUCGUCUUGACGUGGACCAAUUGAAUGAAAAUGUGGAACGGCAUUCAAUGUCUCCUGCUUCUAUGAUGGAUGGAUUUUCAAAUCCCUGUCCCUUAGCGAGUGCGGUCAAUAUCCAGGAUCCAACUCGUCUUGACGUGGACCAAUUGAAUGAUUCGGCCACUCGUGAAAGGACCACCAGGAUUCUAUGGAGCUUUUUUGAACGAGUUGGGGAAACUAAGGCAAAAUGCAACAGGUGUGAAAGGGUAUACAGUACUCCCAGUCGGUCCACAUCAACACUAUGGCGACAUCUCGGAAAGGCUCAUAAGGCAGAGCUAGACAAGCUUGAAGGUGAAAGUGCGAAAAGGAAUAAAAAUAUUCCAAAAGGAUACCCUCCGAAUUCCGAUAGAAAAAGAGAGUUGGAUCAAUGGCUUUGCCGUAUGAUAGCCACCGACUUGCAACCAAUAUCAAUUGUUGAAGAUGUAGGUUUCAAGAAUUUUUGUGCUGCAAUGGAUCCCUUUUAUUCCCUCCCUACCCGCCGAACUUUGUCAAACGUCGACAUUCCCAACCUGUACACCAAAGUUCAAGACCAAGUGAAGACAGUGCUUCGAGGGGUUGAUACAGUUUCGAUUACGACGGAUCUGUGGUCUUCAAAAAAUUGUGUUUCGUUCAUAGCAGUGACCGUCCACUACUUCGAUGAAGAAACCCUCACUCUUCAAGCAUUGAUCUUGGAUUGCUUGAGAAUACGAGGCCGUCACACGGCCCAAUUACUUGGAGAAGAACUUAAAUCAAUCUUGCAGAGGAAUGCCUUGGAGGAUAAAGUUCUUCUUGGCAUUACUGAUAAUGGAGCAAAUAUGGUCAAAGCGAUAAAGGACAUGGGAAUCAAGCAUUUCCCUUGCUAUGCCCACACGCUAAACCUUGUUGCGCUUUCCUCAAUGAGAGAUGUGCCAGCUGUUAUGGCCAUCAAGGAAAUAGCGUCCAAGGUGGUAGAAUUGACGAGGCGGAGCACACUUAUUGCUGAAGCUUUCGAAACUAUUCAGAAGAAUCAAGGUCGAACAAAAGUCCAAAAACUCAUUCAAGACGUUCCAACGAGGUGGAAUUCGUCGUUUGAAAUGAUGGAACGUCUUUUGGAAUUGAGAGGCCCUGUUUCAAUGCUUCUCACGGAGCCAGGCAUGAGAGAAAGGGUUGGAAUAGUCGAUUCCAACACUUGGCAAGGUCUUCAGGAAGCAACCGAAGUCCUCAGACCCCUGUAUGAGGCCACAAUUGAACUAUCCGGCGAACGGUGUACAACAGGUUCCAAAAUUAUCCCCCUCACCAAGAUGUUGUUUCUUAAAAUAGAUUCUUUAAUCAGAGAUGGAUUAACAGGAUCCCUCAAAAGUGAUCUUGCCUUGGCCAUACAGAGGAACUUGCACCGCCGAUUCGGAAUGUUGGAAAACAACGUUGAGCUCGCCAUCGCUACAAUGCUAGAUCCUCGUUUCAAAACCAAAUGCUUCCGUGAUGAUUCAAAAACAAUCGCGGCUUCAAACCAAAUCCUGGCCGAGUUGACCGAGAGUCAGAUUUUACCCCGACCUUCAAAUCCAGGGUCCAACAUCCCGCACUCUUUCUUGUGGGAAUCUUUUGACGAGGUUAUUUCUGACCAAGUCUCCGUUCAAACGGUCCUGCAGGGAUAUUUGAAUGAUGCCCGUCAACCACGUUUGUCAAACCCUGUCAAAUGGUGGAGGGAAAUAGGUCGCGACAAAUUUCCGCCACUCCUUAACCUUGCUAAAAAAUACCUGUCAAUCCCUGCAACAUCUGUUCCAUCAGAGAGAGUAUUUUCAGUGGCUGGUCAAGUCAUCUCAAAAAAAAGAAACCGUUUGGCCGAUGAGAGCGCGAGGAAGCUUAUCUGUCUCCAUAGAAACUUGGAAAAGGUGAAUAGGGGAUGUCAAGUAAACGAAAUUCAAGGAAAAAUGUGUUCCGGCUCCCUGAUUUUGGGCAUUUUUGGGAGAGAGAACAAAGACAAACAUCACAGUCAACUCGCACCAUUCGCCCAUUGAAUUCUCAAUAAUAGAGUGAUUUUGAGCGUGUUGUGUUACAAAACCCCACUAAAUGAGCAUGUUUAGUGUUAAUCAGUGAACGCACUAUCAAAUUGGGUCCAUACCACAAUGCCUUUUGCCUGGACAAGCAUGUAAAAUGGAAAAAAUGUCAGAAUCCAACGCAUGCACAGUGCGGUUUGGCUGGGCAUGUUGUCUUUGAUUUUACUCCAUGGAAUAACGUCAGUUGUCCAUGAACGCGUUUACUUGACUAGCCCUAUUGUUGCAAUUAAAAUUGCCCUUUAUUACGAAUUGCAAUGAUAAAAAACCUCGUAAACACUUUGUCCGUCAUAUUUUAUUCGGGGUCAGUUAUAUUGAACGAGAAUAGAGCAUGAAAUGCGUUGCAUUUUCACAAGGUAUCAGAUAAAAUAAUAGGAGGUUAAUAAAACCUAAUAAAAGAAAAUGUGUAAAACCUUUGGUUAGCCCUUGAUAAGAA